UGCCUUAAUCCGCGGCAGUUGGCGCUUUAGCGGCGGUUUAAUUUGUCAUUUGAGCGGGGACUCAGCUGAUGUGGCUAGCCUGUCGCGUAAUGGAAAAUGGUGUAGAGAGAGCCCGGAAACUUAAUAAGCGCUCACCUCAACAAAAGGCUCUGACCUGCUGCUGCUGCUGCAAAAUUCCGGGACCGCACACCUGCCACUUCCUACAAACACCACAGGACCAAUAAUAGAGCCAAAUUGUUUCAGUAGGUGGUCACAGGUGUUCUUUGUAAGCCGUGUCAGUCACACUCACCCACACUCGCAGAGUCAAAACCGCUUCAGCGCCCACUCACCGUCCCUGUAAACAUGGCCAGCAAGCUGACCAAGUUUGGCAAAAUUCUGCUCCGUCGCCGGGCAUUAGACUGCUCCGGCGAGGAGACCCGCUUCGCCCGCUGCUUGUCCACCCUGGACCUCAUCGCUUUGGGGGUGGGCUCCACGCUGGGCGCCGGCGUCUACGUCCUGGCUGGCGAGGUCGCCCGCGAGAAGGCGGGGCCGGCCAUCGUCCUCUGCUUCCUCAUCGCCGCUCUGUCCUCCAUGCUGGCUGGUCUGUGCUACGCCGAGUUCGGCGCCCGGGUCCCCAAAACGGGUUCUGCGUACCUCUACAGCUACGUAACAGUCGGAGAGAUCUGGGCCUUCAUCACGGGGUGGAACCUCAUCCUCUCGUAUGUCAUAGGCACGGCCAGCGUGGCCAGGGCUUGGAGCUCAACCUUUGAUAACCUGGUGGAGCAAAAGAUCUCAAGCUUCUUCAAAGCUGCCAUGGAAAUGAAGGUUCCUGGUAAAGUGCUGGCAGAGUACCCGGACCUGUUUGCCCUGAUCCUGGUUCUCUUACUCACCGGGCUUCUAGCUUUCGGUGUGAGCGAGUCCGCGCUGGUGAAUAAAAUCUUCACGGGUAUCAAUCUGGUGGUCCUGGGGUUCGUCAUCGUCUCCGGCUUUGUGAAGGGGGACGCGGCCAACUGGAACCUCAAAGAGGAAGAUUACAUUAACUUCAUAAACAACACCAACAGCACCACCAAGCCUUUGGACGUGAAGAAAGACUUUGGUGAAGGCGGCUUUGCUCCGUUUGGCCUCACUGGAGUCUUGUCGGGUGCAGCCACCUGUUUCUAUGCCUUUGUGGGCUUUGACUGCAUUGCCACAACAAGUGAAGAGGCGAAGAACCCCAUGCGCUCCAUUCCCAUCGGCAUCGUGGCCUCUCUGCUCAUUUGCUUCUUUGCUUACUUUGGAGUGUCCGCUGCUCUGACUAUGAUGAUGCCAUACUACGAGCUGAAUACCCAGAGUCCUCUGCCUGUGGCCUUCAGCUACGUCGGCUGGGGUCCUGCCAGAUACAUUGUGGCCUUUGGUUCUCUGUGUGCCCUGUCCACCAGCCUCCUAGGCUCCAUGUUCCCCAUGCCCCGUGUGAUUUAUGCCAUGGCAGAGGACGGCCUGCUGUUUCGGGCUCUGUCCCGGAUGAGUGAACGCACUAAGACCCCUGUGCUGGCGACCAUCGUGUCUGGCAUUGUUGCAGCUCUGAUGGCGUUUCUUUUUGACCUCGGAGCUCUGGUUGACCUCAUGUCCAUCGGAACUCUGCUGGCAUACUCCCUGGUGGCCAUCUGCGUCCUAAUUCUCAGGUACCAGCCAGGCACCCUGAAUUCAUCCAGUCAGAUGGAGAAACUAAUGGAUGUGGAGAGGAUCGACAGCGGGGACGAGUACGGCAUGGAGAUGGACGAGAAACCCCUGAGAGAGACCUUUACUCCCAAGCUGCUGUUCAGUCCGAGUGGAAAGAUUCCAACCGAGAUCUCUGGGAACAUCGUCUAUGUGACCACUGCUGUUAUUUCUGUUCUCAUCACGGUUCUGUGCAUCAUUCUGGCCAACUGUCUGCCGGAGCUGCUCAACGGCCAUCCGGGCGUGAUUGCGCCCUGCGCCAUCCUGACUGUGCUCUGUGGCGUCUGCGUCAUCAUCAUCUGGAGGCAGCCUGAGAGCAAAGAGGCGCUCACCUUUAAGGUCCCUCUGCUUCCCUGGUUGCCUCUUUUCAGCGUUUUCGUCAACAUCUACCUCAUGAUGCAGCUGGACGUCGCCACAUGGCUGCGUUUCGCCGUCUGGAUGGUUAUCGGUUUCGCCAUCUACUUCUUCUACGGCAUCAAGAACAGCAGCGAAAACGCAGACGGCUCAUUCCCACGCAAAUAUGAGCUCGCAUCGCAAAACAACAGCCCCGUGUACAAGGGCACCCCCGACGAGAGCAACCAAGAGGCCGGCAGCCUGUGAUGCGGAGCCGCACCGACCUGGGGGGGGGCGUCACAAAGCAGCUUACACUCAUUCUGGCCCGUCUGCAGUGUGGGAGGCUUGAAGCGCCGCUCUGGGUUUUGAAAGGAGGGGAGGCAAGAAAACCCACAUCUUACCUCUGACUCAGAGGAUGAAUAAAUCGAUGGCUAGACACUGUGA